GCGAUUCGUCAGGUGAAACGCCGUGUGAUUAUUAAAUUUCUCUUUUUAAUUACUACAUUGUAUACAUCAACUGUAUAAUCAUUUAUUGAAAUCAAUUUACUCGUCCUAGAGAUUUCAGCUACUUCGAUAUGCGUCAUCAUCACAUCGCUUAGCUGUCAGAUUAUCGAAGAUACGACAGUGUAUAUCACCUAACUUCUCUUGCAACUUAUUGUUAGUCGCGGAGGUGAAAAAGCGACGUUGCAGCAGCUAUGGAUAUCAGUUGCAGACGAAUCGCGAAGUAAUUCUGGUGUCCGUGCAGGGCUGAUCGAUUUGAAGAAUCGUAUAGAGUGUUCGUCACCGUGUCAAGAAGGAUUCCGAUCGUAUCGGCGGAAGUCUAAUACGUAGAUUUCAUUGUAAAUUAAGUGAAACAGCACGAGACAGUGACACAAAGAAACAAAAAUAGAAGUCAUCAUAGCGUACAGCCACGUGACAGCAAGGGAAUUCGUGUGACAAAGAGCGUGACAUAACAAACAAUCAAAUCGUUUGAUGAUUAAGUACGUUUUGCUAUGACUGGAACAAUUUCGAGGAAUACGAAAAAUAUCGUAAUUCCCCCGGAAAAGGCACAGUGAAGUUGGCUCGGUGGAUGCCAUUGACCGCCAUAUUCAGGACAAUCGUUCGAGACAGUUUCGAAAAAAAACUGGAAGGUGGUACAUCGGGUGAAGUGACAAGAGCGUUGAAAGGUUAAGAACCGUUCGUUAAACGUAUCUGCGGGUGAAAAUCGGUGAAACCGACGUAGUGAAAAACUCGUUAAGAUGGAGUUCAAGUUCAACGUAAAUAAACUCUUGCCCAGAAAGAUCAACAAGGUCACGCAUACCCUCAUUCCAGAAAAUUUCAGAGGUGAUCGUCGUGAAUUAAAUGAAUGCCAGAGACAAUUGAGCAGAGUUCUCGACGACAUGGGCGAGGCUUCUGCUAGGGCCCAAGGUCUGAAUAAGUCAAUAACCAACGCCCUAAAACUUCGGGACACGGACCAUGUAGUUUAUUUAUUAGUGGACAAUGAAGCUAACAACGGACUGGGCAGCGUGGUGGGACUAUUGAAGACCGGAUCGAAGAACCUCUUCAUGUUCGACGAGACUGGCGCUCAUUAUCAGCUGAAGCCAAGAUGCAUUCUGGACUUCUACGUGCACGAGUCACGGCAACGCAUGGGCCUUGGGAAUAUUCUCUAUCAGCACAUGCUCUCAGAAGAGAAUAUUAGGCCUGUGAAACUGGCGAUCGAUAGACCCUCAGAGAAGUUUUUAGCCUUCCUAGACAAAUACUACAACCUCUCGAAGAUUAUUCCACAGAAUAACAAAUUUGUCGUUUUUCAAGGAUUCUUUGACGACGAACAUCAAGAUGUGAGAACAAAUAGAUACAGUUUGCCUCCAAAAACCUCAGCUGAUAUCGGUACAUCUAGCGCCGUACAUAAUAAUCUUGCAAAAAAUAACUCAAGUUUAAAUGGUGUUCCCUACUCUUCCUCCAUUUCACGUACUUCGUUUGGCAGAUAUGCCGCAGCACGGCCACCUUGUUCCAUGGCCAACAUAAUCCAUAACACCGCUAUGCUUGGUCCAUCCGCCGAGCGUACUGGUGAAAAAUCAAGCACACCGGCUGCAACACAACUGAAACCAGAACGACCACGAUCGUUGAGUCUUUAUUCGGAAGAAGAACAGAAACAACGUUCGAGCGAACUGUCGACCGUACCAACACCUGCUUUACCGGACCAUCAACCAACUCCUCUGGCUACCAUUUUACGGGAAACAGAAAAAGCUGAAAAGAAUAUGAAACCUUCGCCUUCGUGUAGCCAAGAAGUAGCUGGUAGCAAUCAACACACUCGAUUAGAUCUGAAAUUCUACCACUCUCCUUUGUGGUAAACUAAAAAGUUGGGACAAUAUUAGAAUUAUAUUGGAAAAUUAUAUCAUUUGCAUGUACGACAAAAUUAUAAAGCUUUACCCCUCGGAACAAAAUAUCAAUGGGAAGGUAACUAAUAAUAAGCUUGGUGGAAAUUGAACAACUGGGAUAUUUGAGAUAAAUACGUUAUAAUGAAAUUUACAUAAAGAAAAUACACAUAAAUGAAUAUUACAGUUCAUAAAGACUUCUUUUUUACUUUGUUAGAAGAAUUAGGACAUUA